GGCAUGUCUGACAUUGCUCAACUUUUUUGGGGGUGGUGGUGGUGGACCGUUACCCUCCUCAGAACAUUCUGUUCGGGACUCCGGGGGGGUGACAGAUAAGGUGGAAACCAUGGCUGCUCUUCGCCCAUUGGAAGAGAAACUGGAGGAAUUUCGUUUAGCCUCACGCUCCUGUGAUCACGUUUUCAAGCACACCCUGGGCCAGGCCCAACAGACGGAGAGACAGAUAAAAAACGAGUUCGAGAAACUCCGUCAGUUUCUGCGGGAGGAAGAGGAGGCCAGGAUCGCCGCGGUGAGGGAGGAAGAGGAGCGGAAGAGUCGGAUGAUGAAGGAGAAGAUCGAGCAAAUGAAAGGCGAUAUAUCCACUCUCUCGGACACAAUCAAGGUUGUGAAGGACGAGCUGGAAGCUGAAGAUGUCUCCUUCCUCCUGGCUUAUGAAGACACAAUGAAAAGGGUCUGGGCGGCACCUCAGAUCCCUGGGAAAGAUCCGGGGGCGCUGAUCGACGUGUGCAAACACCUGAGCAACCUCAAGUACAGAGUCUGGGAGAAGAUGCUGGGGACCGUUCAGUACACCCCUGUCAUUCUGGACCCCAACACAGCUGCCCGCUCCCUGGCCCUCUCUGAUGAUCUGACUCGGGGGGGUCAGGGGGGGGACGAGGUGGGGGCGGGGCAGCAGCAGUUCCCCAGUAACCCGGAGAGGUUUGACCCCUACGCCUGUGUGCUGGGGUCCCAGGGCUACAGCUCGGGGAGGCACAGCUGGGAGGUGGAGGUGGGGGACAGCGCCAACUGGACGCUGGGCGUGGCGGUGAGCUCCGUCCGCAGGAAGGAGGAGUUUUCGGCGUGUCCUGAGGAGGGCCUGUGGACCAUCAGCUUAAGGGACGGGGGGUACUGGGCGAUGGAAACACCCUGGUCCUUCAUCCCGGUCCAGAAGAGGCUCCAGAGGGUUAGGGUGGAGCUGGACUGGGACGGUGGUCAGGUCACCUUCUGCGACCCCGCGGAGGCCGACAGCGCCCCCCUCUACACCUUCACGCACACCUUCACGGAGCAGGUGUACCCCUACUUUGAGAGCAUCUGCACACGGAGGUCCCUGAGAAUCUUGCCGGAGAAGGUGUCCGUUGAGGUGGACGAAGACUCCGCUGGACAAGCCCUCACACCGUCCCGCCGAAAUUCCCUCGAGUGAUGCCAUUAGCUCAUAACUCAAGGGGUCAGAGGUUGCAGGUUCAAUUCUCAGAUGGGGCACUGCCAUUGUACCGUACCCUUGAGUGAGGUAUUUAACCUGCACUGCUUCAGUAAAUAACCUGAAGGCUGAUGGCUACCCAGAAAGUAUAUUUGACACAUGAGGUUUGCCAAUGGUUUGUAAAUGAUAUUAGAAAAUACAUAUGGCUUUUUUGGAAAAUGUACAGAAUGAAAUACACAACAUAAGAAUUAGCUUGAGCGACAGACUCAUAGCAUGUUGUUAAAGCUAAUUUGCUUUAGCACUUCCUUUUUUUGCAUGUGUAAUUUGAGUUAAGUAAGCCGGCCUUUUUUUUUUUGGUGUUAUCCUCUGAUUGAAAACCAGUGUGUGUCUGAGU